AUGGCGACCAGUACAGCCACAACCGCAACAACAACGAUCCUACCAAGCCCAACCAGCACCAGCGGGUGCACACUCAACACCUGCGCGAUCGACUCGUCUUUUUACAUGUACCAGAUCGACCUUGCCCCAAACAUCACCUUCCUCGCCCUGUUCUCUACGUUCCUGUUAUGCUUCACCCUUACCUAUCUCGUCACCGGACGGUGGCCCAGCUUCUGGAUCGCCAUGUCAUUGGGCCUCAUUUCCGAAAUAGCAGGGUACAUCGGCCGCAUCCUCUCGUAUGGCGACCAGUGGGCCGAGACCGGCUUCCUCAUGCAGAUCAUCUGCCUUACAAUCGCGCCUGCAUUCCUCACUGCGGGCAUAUACCUCUGCCUCUCUCGCAUUGUCAAUGCCUUUGGCCCGGAGCACUCCAGAAUACCGGCGGCUUGGUACCCAAGGAUUUUCAUUCCUUGUGACAUAAUCGCAUUGAUCCUUCAAGCUGCUGGUGGCGCCAUGGCCGCUAUCGCGCUGUCAAAUGCCACAAGUUUGGACACAGGCGAUAACGUCAUGAUUGCUGGACUGGUGUUUCAAGUCUUUACGCUUUUGGUCUUCAUCGGCAUCUGCGUUGACUUUGGUAUCGCAGUCCGCCGCAGGCGGGUCCGGGACAGGAAAGACAAGAAGGCUGGCUCAACAACGGCCAGGCUCCCGUGGCAGCUGAAGGGGUUCCUCGUCUGUCUGGGAGUGGCGACCAUUGCCAUAUUCUGGCGGUGUUGUUAUCGUGUUGCAGAACUGAAUGGAGGAUGGACUGGUCCUAUCAUUUACCACCAGGACUACUUCGUAUGGUUCGAGGGUUUUCUGAUUACUCUCGCGGUCGCGGUGCUUGUACUCUUCCACCCGGCAUUGUGUCUGCGAGAGCCCCCGGAGCCGGCCAAGGGGUUUGACUAUACGGUUGUCGAACAAGGAUCGUGAGGAAGUCUGACAGGGCAUUGUGAGUUCCCAAGCUGUAUGGUAAGACUGAUAUUGUGGAAGUCAUCGGAUAGAAUUUGUAGGCCUUCUUUUUGUGACCAGGAAC